UGACAAGGUUUAGUCAGUUGAUCGUUUCAACCGCGAAUGUAGAUCCCUCAUUGCGCGGGUGCCUUCUGACAGCGGUGACCAGGCCCCGCAAGGAACUAUGACGGUUUUACGGUGUUGCUUCAGCAGAGAGGGAAGUGUUGCAUCCACGUGAAUCCUAUAAGUACGCAGACACCGUACAAAAAUGAAUGCGAGUUGGUUGAUCGAUGUCAUAUUGAUAACUUUCACUUAACUACACCGUAUGAUUUUUACGUACGCACGUGUGCAUCGAAUUUUGAAGCAUCAUAUUCUACUACAACUUUCUCCAAACUCAAUUAGCAUAACACGGAAAUAUUGAUUCAAAAGGAUAUUCUUUUGCGUUAAAAAUAGUGGAUUAAAGCAUUGCAGAAACGCAUCGAGAAACGCAAAUAUAUCUGCGUCGCAGUUGAAGCAGAUACAUUCACAAAUUAUUCCGUUUAUCCCUCAUUUGCACAUCCUUUUAGCACAUUUGGUCUAAUUUUGAAUCGUACAUCGGAAGAAAUGUGGACCUACCUCGCCUUUGUAGUUGUUAUCUACAUUAUAUACGCGUUGAAGAAUUACAUCAGAAUCCUCAAAUUUAUCUUCACCCUCAAUGGACCGAAAACAGUGCCCAUUCUUGGCAACGCAAACGCUGUUCUCGAAGGAAAUCUGAUGCAAAGGAUGACAAAUGAGGCGCAGAGUUACGGUCGCGUUUUUCGAAUAUGGUUGACACUUCUGCCGUACGUUGUGCUCGUCGAGCCGAAGGACAUCCAAAUGGUGCUCAGCAGCAUGAAGCACACGCGGAAGAUAUUUUUCUACAAGCUGCUCGAUAACUUUUUGGGCAAAGGUCUAGUUACGCGGGAUGUCGACAAGUGGAAGGUACAUCGGAGAAUCUUGCAACCGGCCUUCCAUCGCCACGUACUCGAGAGAUUCGCUGGAACGUUCAGCGAGUGCGCCGAUCGCUUAGUCGACAAGCUGCUCGAGAAGGACGGGAAAGAUAUAAACGUCACCGUGUUCGUCAAUAACUCGGUCUAUGAUAUACUGAUCGAGACGAUUCUGGGCACAUCGGCGAGUCAAAGAAGCAACGACAGUGAAGACGACACGCCAUUCAGAAAGGGCCAAGUUAUGGUGCCGUAUAGAUUUGCACGACCGUGGUUGCUAAUCGACUGGAUUUACCGAUUGACAGCAGCUGGGAAAUCGGAGGAACAACAGCAGAAGGAUCUGUUCGACUUUUGCUUCCAAAAAAUGAAGGAGAAGCGCGAGUUCCUGCAAAAGAACGGUUCCCUUAUCACUGACAGCACGCCUAAAAAGACAUCCCUGCUUGAGUACAUGGUCGAGAUCAAUGAAAAGAAUCCUCGGUUCACUGAGCGAGAUAUUAUCGAGGAAUGUUGCACUUUCAUGCUGGCUGGCCAGGACUCGGUCGGCACCGCUACCGCGAUGACGCUUUUCCUUCUGGCGAAUAAUCCCAAAUGGCAGGAAAGAUGCGUCGCGGAAUUGAAUGAGAUUUUUGGCGACGACAGAAGAUCACCAACCAUGCAAGAUCUCAGAGAGAUGAAAUGUUUGGACAUGUGUAUCAAGGAAUCUCUGAGGUUGUAUCCUAGCGUGCCGCUUUUCGCCAGGACACUCGGGGAGGACGUGAGAUUAGGAAAGCAUGUAAUACCAGCUGGUUGUGGCGUGUUUAUAGCGCCAUAUUGUACGCACCGCUUGCCUCAUCAUUUUCCUGAUCCCCACGAUUUUAAACCGGAGCGUUUUAGCCCUGAAAACUCCGAGAGAAGACAUCCCUACGCUUACAUACCAUUUAGCGCCGGACCUCGUAAUUGCAUCGGAAACAAAUUCGCCACACUCGAGAUGAAAUCGGUCAUCAGCGCCAUUCUAAAGAAGUGUCGAUUAGAGCCGAUCCUUGGCAAAGAGAAGGUGAUAGCCAAAUUUCGAAUGACGGUCAGAGCACACGGUGGACUUUGGGUCAAAGUGAGAGCGCGUGAUAAGCAAUACGAAUCGAAACAAUUGAAUUAAUUAACUAUUUCCGGUUUUACGAACUACAAAUAGCGAUUAUAAUAAUGAUAUUUCAAAGAUUAAUAAUAAUUUAAUGGAAACAAAAAGUAACUAUAACUCUAUGUUACUUCAGCGUUGAAGAAAAACGAAAUUUGUCAAUGCAUUUAGCGUUUCUAGCAUAGAAAUACUUUGAUAGCGCGGUUUAAAUAAGUCAUAUAGAAAUCCUUUUUCUGUAUAAGCAAAAAAUGAAAAGAAAACAUUGCAAACACUAUGUCACAAAUCAUAAAAAUCGCUUUUUGACUAUCAUUGUUCUAAAUUGUUGGAACGAAUAAGUUUACAGAUGACUGAAAUUACGAGAAUAUCAUAUCAUUAAAUUAAUCUUUUUUUUAGUGUUUGUUAACUCUUUUAAAUAGAUAUAGAUGUAAACAUUGAGAAAUGCGACAAACAUGUGUACCGACAUGUAAAACUUUGCAGCAAACAUCUUAAAAUUGCGUUAAAUAAAAAGUACGUAUAAUUAUGUA